AUGGAUCUCGAACUUCGUUGUCCAUCAUGUAAAGAAUAUUAUCGUUCACCUGUUUAUUUACCAUGUACACAUUCUCUAUGUUAUACAUGUGCAUUGACUAUAAUUCAAACAACAAAUGAACAUCAUCACAAUCAAUCUACACUUGAUAUAUCAUCAACAUCUUUUGCAUCCGAUCUUGAUAAACUUUCUUUAACAAGUGACAAUGAUUCAGGUGUUAUUAUAAAUCGACAUUCACCAUCAUCAUCUAGUUCAACAUCAUCAUCAUCAUCAUCAUCAUCAUCAAUAUCAUCUUCCAGUCGUCCAUCAAGUUUACUUUUACCACCAGCUUUACCUGAAAUAUCAUCAACAUCAUCAUCAUCAUUUUUACCAACAAUACCUAUUCGUCAUCAAACAAAUAAAUCAUAUACAACUUGUUUACAAUGUCCUAUAUGUUCAAAAAUAAUUUUUAUGGAUAUAUCGGGUAUAAAAAGUUUACCAAAAAAUCGUCUUCUGGCUGAUAUUAUUAAUCGUUAUCUUGGAGAAAAAUCUUCCGAACAACAACAAAAACAACAACAAACACCGAAGUGUCAAUUAUGUCGACCUUCAGAAGAACGAACAAUCACACGUAUCUGUGAACAAUGUCGAAUUGGAUAUUGUGAUCAAUGUCGUGAACAAUAUCAUCCAAUGCGUGGUCCAUAUUCAAAACAUAACUUUCUCGAUGCAUUACAACAAUUUUCAAAUAAUUCGAAUGAAAAAAUCUUUUGUCAUGAACAUACAAAUCGUUUAGCAACUAGUUACUGUCUUCAUUGUCGAUUGGAAUGUUGUCAACAAUGUUUGAUACAUACAAAUCAUGAUAUUGUACCUAUUCAACAAGCAACUAAACUAUAUAAGACUCAAUUGUCAUCGCAACUACAAUGCUUAUCGGAAAAAGCCAAAUAUGGUGCAGAAUUUCUAGCCAAAUUGAAGUUAUAUCCAGACUAUAUCAAGAAAAAUGGUGAAAUAUUUGAAAAAAAUUUAAUCAAAGAUAUUGAUAAUCUUAUUGUAACACUUGAAAAUAAAAAACAAGAAUUAUUAAGAUAUAUAAAUAAAGAAAUUGAAAGAAAAAUCUCUUUAAUACAUCAACAAUAUUCAACAUAUAAUGCACAUAUACAAAGAACAACAGGUUUUUUACAAUUUUCAAUCGAAGCAUUAAAAGAAUCCGAUCCAUAUGCUUAUCUUCAAAUAUGUCAUGGUUUAAAUAGUAAAUGUUCAUCAAUAUAUGGAAGUUUUUCGGAUGAAUAUGAAUGUAAAGCACAUACAUCAUAUGAAUUUGAUUUUACAUUUAAUACAGAAUGUCUUUAUCGAGAAAUUCAUCGUUUACAAUUUCAACAAAUAAAACCACCCUUAUCUCCUCGUUUUAUUGCCGAACAAUGUCUAUGUCAUGAUGAACAAUCGGGUACCAUAUCUGGAACGCUUGCAUGGUCUAUGCGUGACGUUGGAGCUAUACAAGGUUUUAUUCUUGAAUUAGAUGAUGGCACAUUUGCAUCAGACUUUCGGGAAGUAUAUGAUGGUACUGAAACAAUGUGUGCAGUUGAUGGACUUCUUUCAACUAAUGUGUAUACAGCGCGAGUAAAAGCUUACAAUCAAGCAGGUGAAAGUGCCUAUAGCGAAUGUAUAACGCUUCAUUCAUCUUCCGUUUAUUGGUUUACAUUUAAUCCUCGAACAGCACAUCCGGAUAUACAAUUUCUAUCAAAUUCAUCAUCAUUAACAAACGAUAAUCAUUAUAAUUUUGAUUCUAUAACAUGUCUUAGUUCACAAGAACGUGUUGCACUUGGUUCAAGAGGUUUUCGUAAAGGUAUACAUUAUUGGGAAAUAACUAUACAACGUUAUGAUGAUAAACCUGAUCCAGCAUUUGGUGUUGCUCGUUUUGAUGCUUUAAAAGAACAUAUGCUUGGUAAAGAUUCGAAAUCAUGGUGUAUGUAUAUUGAUUCUCAACGUUCAUGGUUUAUGCAUAAUGGACAACAUACAAAUCGUAUUAAUGGUGGAAUAACUGUGGGUUCAGUAAUUGGAGUUUUAUUAGAUUUAAAUAAUGGUACAUUAAGUUUUUAUAUCAAUGAUGAACCACAUGGUCCAAUAGCAUUUUCAAAUUUAACACAAGGUGGUGUUUAUUAUCCAGCUGUUAGUUUAAAUAAAAAUGUUCAAUUAACACUUGUCUCAGGACUUGAUCCUCCAACACAAACACAUGAAUUGUAG